GCGCGGCGGCUGAGGCGGCGGCUCCCCCGCGGCCGGCCGCCGGCGCGCCGAGGCGAUGCCGGACCAGAUCUCCGUGUCGGAAUUCGUGGCCGAGACCCAUGAGGACUACAAGGCGCCCACGGCCUCGAGCUUCACCACGCGCACGGCGCAGUGCCGGAACACCGUGGCCGCCAUCGAGGAGGCUUUGGACGUGGACCGGAUGGUUCUUUACAAGAUGAAGAAAUCCGUGAAAGCCAUAAAUAUCUCUGGACUGGCGCACGUGGAAAACGAAGAGCAGUACACCCAGGCCCUGGAGAAGUUCGGGGGCAACUGCGUGUGCAGAGAUGACCCAGACCUGGGGAGCGCCUUCCUCAAGUUCUCUGUCUUCACCAAGGAGUUGACAGCGCUCUUCAAAAACCUGAUCCAGAACAUGAACAACAUCAUCUCCUUCCCCCUGGACAGCCUGCUGAAGGGGGACCUGCGAGGCGUGAAGGGGGAUCUGAAAAAGCCUUUUGAUAAAGCUUGGAAGGACUAUGAAACAAAAAUAACCAAGAUCGAGAAGGAGAAGAAGGAGCACGCCAAGCUCCACGGGAUGAUCCGCACGGAGAUAAGCGGGGCUGAGAUCGCCGAGGAGAUGGAGAAGGAGCGGCGCUUCUUCCAGCUGCAGAUGUGCGAGUAUCUGCUGAAAGUCAAUGAAAUUAAGAUAAAAAAGGGAGUGGAUUUGCUUCAGAAUCUGAUCAAGUAUUUUCAUGCCCAGUGCAAUUUUUUCCAGGAUGGACUGAAAGCAGUUGAAAGCCUCAAACCUUCCAUUGAAACGCUUUCCACAGAUCUUCACACAAUCAAACAGGCCCAGGAUGAAGAGAGACGGCAGCUGAUACAGCUUCGAGAUAUUCUGAAAUCAGCAUUGCAGGUCGAACAGAAAGAGGAGUCCCAGCUUCGCCAGAGCACAGCCUACAGCUUACAUCAGCCUCAGGGAAACAAGGAGCACGGCACCGAGCGCAGCGGCACCCUCUCCAAGAAGAGCGACGGGAUCCGAAAAGUGUGGCAGAAACGGAAAUGUUCGGUCAAAAACGGGUUUCUGACCAUAUCCCACGGCACCGCUAACCGGCCUCCGGCGAAGCUCAACCUGUUAACCUGCCAGGUGAAGACCAACCCCGAGGAGAAGAAGUGUUUUGACCUCAUUUCACAUGACAGGACGUACCACUUUCAAGCCGAGGACGAGCAGGAAUGUCAGAUAUGGAUGUCUGUGCUGCAAAACAGCAAAGAAGAAGCUUUAAACAACGCGUUUAAGGGCGACGACACCCCGGGAGAAAACAACAUCGUCCAGGAGCUGACGAAGGAGAUCAUCUGCGAGGUCCAGAGGGUGCCGGGCAACGACGUGUGCUGUGACUGCGGGGCUCCAGAUCCUACGUGGCUCUCCACCAAUCUGGGCAUUCUGACCUGCAUCGAGUGUUCUGGAAUCCAUCGAGAGCUGGGAGUUCACUACUCUAGGAUGCAGUCCCUGACGCUAGACGUGUUAGGAACCUCUGAGCUGCUGCUUGCCAAGAACAUCGGGAAUGCGGGCUUUAAUGAGAUCAUGGAGUGUUGCCUUCCAGCUGAGGACUCGGUCAAACCCAGCCCUGGCAGCGACAUGAAUGCACGGAAGGACUACAUCACUGCCAAGUACAUCGAGAGGAAAUACGCAAGGAAAAAACACAUGGACAACGCGGCGAAACUUCACAGCCUUUGUGAGGCCGUCAAAACGAGAGAUAUUUUUGGAUUACUCCAGGCGUAUGCUGAUGGUGUGGAUCUUACAGAAAAAAUCCCGCUGGCCAAUGGACAUGAACCGGACGAAACUGCCCUGCAUCUUGCCGUCAGAUCCGUGGACCGGACGUCUCUCCACAUUGUAGACUUUUUAGUUCAGAACAGUGGGAACCUGGACAAACAGACGGGCAAGGGCAGCACGGCCCUGCACUACUGCUGCCUGACGGACAGCGCCGAGUGCCUCAAGCUGCUGCUGCGGGGCAAGGCCACCAUCAGCAUCGCUAACGAGUCAGGAGAGACACCACUAGACAUCGCCAGACGCCUCAGGCACGAGCACUGCGAGGAGCUGCUGACCCAGGCCUUAUCCGGAAGAUUCAAUUCUCACGUUCACGUCGAGUAUGAGUGGCGCCUGCUCCACGAAGACCUGGACGAGAGCGACGAUGACGUGGAUGAGAAGUCACAGCCCAGCCCCAGUCGGCGGGAGGACCGGCCAGUCAGCUUCUACCAGCUGGGCUCCGGCCAACUGCAGCCCAACGCCGUGUCUCUGGCCCGAGACGCCGCCAGCCUGGCCAAGGACAAGCAGAGGAGCUUCGUGCCCAGCAUCUUGCAGAACGAGACAUACGGUGCCAUCCUGAGCAGCAGCCCACCCCCAGCCCAGCCCGCGGCCCCCGGCACCGCCAGUGCCCCCCCACUGCCCCCACGGAACGUCGCCAAAGUUCAGCCAGCCUCCUCGGCUAACGCCCCGUGGAAGACAGACUCUGUGAGUGUGGGCGGAGGAAGCCGGCAGCGAUCUUCGUCAGAUCCGCCAGCUGUCCAUCCGCCGCUGCCCCCUCUCCGAGUGACAUCGACCAACCCCCUGGCUCCCACGCCGCCCCCUCCAGUAGCUAAGACGCCCAGUGUGAUGGAAGCCUUGAGCCAGCAGAGCAAGCCGGCCCAGGCCGGGCUCCCGCCCAGCAAAGCCCCGCCACCGCCCCUGCCGCCGCAGCCGCCCAGCCGCCUCCCCCAGAAGAGGCCUGCUCCCGGGCCUGACAAGGCAGCGCUGCUGACCAACAAAGGCCAGCCGAGAGGACCUGGAGCCGUGGAUCUCUCUGGAGCAGAAGCUCUGGGUCCCCUGCCCAACGCCGUGGUCGUGCAGCCCCCGGCGCCCAUGCCCAGGAAGUCACAGACAACCAAGCUGAAGCCCAAGCGGGUCAAAGCCCUCUACAACUGCGUGGCCGACAACCCGGACGAGCUGACGUUCUCCGAGGGGGACGUGAUCGUCGUGGACGGGGAGGAGGACCACGAGUGGUGGAUCGGCCACCUUGAGGGAGAGCCCAGCCGCCGAGGCGCGUUUCCUGUGUCGUUUGUGCACUUUAUUGCUGACUAAACUGCUCCCGAACACACACACGUCUCAAGGUCCUGUGCCGUUUUGUUGUUGGUACCAGAACCCCUGCCAGCUAACCCGGUUUAUGAAUUGUCUCGUGGCGUAGCCCACUUCCUCCACUGUCACUGUUCUCUUUCACAAACUCCAAGGCAGUCUGUCAAUGCACUGUUUUUAUAAUUUGUGUUUUUCACGGAACAUUGCUAUACUCUUACUAUGGAAAACCCAAAGUCUUGAAAGGUGAACUGAAACGUUAACAUUAUCUGGACAUAAUCAAGACCCCGCAUCCGCAGAGGUAGCCGAACCUAAAAAUGUCCUGAGCGUUGGAAAGAGAUGCGUCCUGCUCUCCUUGCCCACCUCUGGGGUCCGUGACCCCGAGCACAGUCCCUGGCUUCGGGGGGGUCCACGGCGGGCCGGGCCUUCCCAGGGAAAACGCUUCAGUUCACCAUGAAAGAUCUUUUUUAAAAGAUUUUCCAGAUUUCCUUUGAAAUCCCCCCUCCCCGUGUUUAUUUAAAGCAACGGGAGCUGGACAGGUACACACCACGUGCUGCCCAGCCCCGCGUAGGUUGCAGCCCCGUCUCUCGCAUGUGCGCUUGUGAACAGCCCUGCUUCCCCCUCACGGAUGGUUCCUUAAAGUACACGUCACAGCAGCUCCCUCCGUCCCAGGUCCUAGAAGACCGCAUUUCUCGAAUUUGGUUAACCGCCAAGGACGCUGGAUUGCAAACCAGUCCUUUACCCUAGUUUGUAUGCUUUGGACGUUUUGGAAUUUGCCUUCUCGAACGUCCUUCAUCGCACAGCUAGGACCCCCCCCCCCCCCGCCACACACACUUGCUGUCUCCUCCCGUCAAGUUGCCACUACCCCUCCCCCCCCCCCCGUCUAGCUCGAGAAAGUUUCCUCACUUGAGCGUCUUGUGUUUAUAUACUACACCAUCAGGAACGGUAGUUACACUGUCUCGAGAUUUAACCUGUCCAUCCGUUUGUAAUCCAGAGCAUAUCAGAAACCCGUAGGUCCCAGGUGAUCAAAUAGCCCCGAGCCUCCCAGUUGUCCUCUCCGAGUCCAUCGUGGGGAGCAUUCUGGAGCUCGAGCAACUGGGGGUGGGGGGAGUAGGUUGUAUAUGAUGAGAUCAAAAUUCAUUCGUUGAAUGAACUUGACUGUCAUACCUCUAUUUAGGAAUGGUGAGCCUAAGACUCACAGUAGGCAUAUUGGAAUUUUGGCGCUUUGAGAAUAAAUGGGCAUGUAAUGCCCACUUAGGUUUUUACCAAAAGGAAAGGAGUCAAUUUAAGAAUAGGCUUGGAAAGCAAGGCAGCAAUGCUUUUAAUUGCAUUUGUUAUGAUGGUACAUUUGAUUGAAGCAGCCUGUCUUUAUUAUGCAAGCCUUUUUUUAAGCUUAGAGCUUUUUUUUUUGUAUAUAUUUUUUGUUAUUAUAAAGGAAGACAGAACAAACUGGAAUGUUUUAUGAUACUGUAUGGCAAUUGUGGGUUUUGGUUUUUGUUUUGUUUUGUUUUUUGCCUUUCAGAGUUCCAGGUAAAAAGACGGUAGAUCUGUAAUUAAAGUUUUUUUAAAAAAGCACUACAUCUGUUUUCACUACCUGUUCAUUUCUGGCUUGAACCCUUCCUUUAGUUGAUUCGCACAGAUUUUGCACGGUGCACUUCCCGUGUCUAUUUUAACACAAUCCUCCCAUGAUCAGCCUUUGACUGCUUGGGGCCAGCUAUAAACUGUGUUCAAGUGGAUUCGCGUCAGCACUUGAACACGAGUCCCACACUCAUCUAUCAGGUUCACUGGUACAUAAAGAUCUAGGAAAUAUUUUUCCAGUCUCCAAUUUGGUGGCGCUGCUGUGCAGUAAUUGAUACUGCUUUUGCCAGAGGAGAAACUACAUUAACUUCCCUGCCAGUAUCCUUUCCUAGUUAUUUGCUCUUUACAAGCUAAAAAAAAAAAAAAAAAAAAAAGGGAAAAAAAGCAACUGAGAGAAAGGACAACAUUGUAGAUAUCUAUUUAUAAAAUAUUUCAAGCUUAUGUUUCAUGAACUUAGCUGCAGGAUCCUGGCCUUUGGCCUGCCAUUCUCCAGCAGAUCUGACUUGGAGGGGCGGCAACUCAGAAAUGUGUCCACGGGCUGAGCGUUACUCUGAUCGGGGAAGGGGUGGGUAACCUGUGCGGCUUGGAAUGUGCUGUCUGAGGUGUCUGAGAUUCAGUUCGCUCGCUCGAUGACCUUGGUCUCGUUGCAGCGCAGCUGUACAUAUUGUAUAACCUCAAUCAGUUCUUAUUUUCAUCGUCCUGAUGCAGUGACCUAUAACUAGAGCAUGUGUAAUAAGUUUACUCUAAUUGUUAACUAGUCACUUGACUGGAAAAAAAAAUAAAAUACUUUUAAAUGGA